GAAUCUCCUGCAAGACCAAUAUUUUUUUAUUCAAGGAACUUCCGUUAUAUAUAUAGAUGUCCAGAUGUCAGUGACAUUUGAAAAAUCUUACUAAUCUCAUAAUAUCUCUGUAAAUGAUUAAGAAUUGAAUUAAGAAUUGAAACAGCUUGUCCUUGCUAAUCAGUAAAAAGAUCAAGAAAUCAGAAGUGAAAGUUCAAGUAAUCAGAGGUGAAGAAAAGAUCAAGAAAACAAGAAAAGACAACCAUGGAAGGAAAAGCGCACAACUUCAUCAAGGCGUGGCUCUUGAUUUUUGCAUCUCUUUCAUACUGUUUUGCCACUGGAAAGAUCAUCCCAAAGGGCUCUACAAGAUUAUUCUUCUUGCUACCAAUUGUAUGUUUAUUUCUUAUUCUUCCUCUCAACAUCUCUUCUGUUCACUUUCAAGGCAUGACAGCUUUCUUCAUUGCCUGGCUUGCAAAUUUCAAGCUCUUACUUUUUGCUUUUGGUAAAGGCCCUUUGUCCUCUAACAAUUCAUCAACCUCUUUUACUCGUUUUGUGCUUAAUGCUUGUUUACCUAUUAAAAUCCAAGAAAACCCAUCUCAAGGAUCUCAUAUAAAUAGUAAAAACAAAGAGAACCCACAUCUAAAUAGUUCUAAGAAAUGCCAUAAAUCUUUUCCAAAUUAUGCUAUAAAAGGCAUACUUUUAGCUUUGUUGAUUCGUGUAUAUGACUAUCACGAGUUUAUCCACCCAAACGUUAUCUUGGUCCUGUAUUAUCUACACAUUUACUUAUUUCUCGAAUUAGUUUUAGCCAUGCUAGCAGCCCUGGCUCGAGCCAUGAUAGGUGUUGAGCUCGAGCCACAGUUCAAUGAACCAUACCUUUCAACUUCACUUCAAGAUUUUUGGGGCAGAAGAUGGAACCUCAUGGUCACAAGUAUUCUACGUCCAACUGUGUAUGAUCCCCUCAUCAGAACAUCUUCACCAAUCAUCGGUCGCAGGUGGGCAUCACUUCCUGCAAUCCUGGGGACAUUCACCGUGUCGGCUAUUAUGCACGAGCUCAUCUUUUACUACUUGGGGCGCGUGAGACCCACGUGGGAAAUCACUUGGUUCUUCAUGCUACAUGGAGUUUGUCUGGUGGCUGAGGUUGCUUUCAAGAAAGCGGUUAAUGGAAGAUGGCGGCUGUCAAGGUUCGUAUCAACUCCGUUAACCAUUGGGUUUGUGGCGGUUACCGGCUUUUGGCUCUUCUUUCCGUCGCUCCUUCGGUGUAAAACUGAUGUUAGAGCGUUUGAAGAGUACUCGGCUUUAAGCGAAUUUGUGAAGAGUUUUGAUGUUAGAUCUUUCAACAUGUCUCUAUUUGGUGGUAACCCAGUUAGUUUAUAAUGAUAUUAGUAUCCAUUUUGUAGUCA